AGCUCAGUGUUACUGUCUAACACAGGGAAGGUUGCGUGCAGGUGCGGGGGUACAGGAGAGAGAGAGAACCGACAACCCGCAGAGACAACCGGGAAGAUAAACCGCAGCCUGUCGGUUGAUUGCGAGCCCGAGGACCGACUCCAGCCCGCCGGUGGGGAUUUUCACUGUCUCCAGCUGCAUUGGAUGACGCUUCCAUCCUGGUGUCGGACUACGUUCAGCAGCGCUACCAUGCCGUCUCUGCGACACUCCUACACGGUCACAGUACCGGAGGAACCGGCCGCGUUCAUCCCCUCAGACAAACCCGAGCUGCGGCGAAAGAGUCCGUCGUUGUCCCGGUCCAAGCUGGUGUCCACAUUCAUGGGUCUGAUCAUCAACCAGGCCAAGAACAAGAGUCCUCAAGGCCUGGUGGGACUGAGGAACCUGGGCAACACGUGUUUCAUGAACUCCAUCCUACAAUGUCUGAGCAACACUCCCGAGCUGAGAGACUACUGCCUGAGAAACGUCCAUCGCACAGACCUCAACAACAACUGCAGGACUAACGCCGCUCUCAUGGAAGAGUUUGCAAAGCUGACUCAGAGCCUGUGGACUUCUGUGACCAACGAGGCCAUCAGUCCCUCUGACUUCAGGAGCCAGAUCCAGAGAUACGCUCCGAAAUUCGUGGGCUGCAAUCAGCAGGACGCCCAGGAGUUCCUUCGCUUUUUAUUGGACGGUCUCCAUAAUGAGGUGAACAGAGUGACUGUUCGUCCGAAGGUGUCUGUCGAGGACUUUGACCACCUCUCGGAUGAUGAAAAAGGCAAGCGGAUGUGGAAUAUGUACUUGGAGAGGGAGGACAGCAAAGUAGUGGACCUGUUUGUCGGACAGCUGAAGAGCUCUGUGACCUGCACCGUCUGUGGCUUCCGCUCCACCGUGUUUGAUCCAUUCUGGGACCUAUCGAUACCUGUUGCACAGAAGAGCUCAGGCGAAGUGACUCUCAAAGACUGCUUGAGACUCUUCACGAAAGAGGAUGUGCUGGACGGAGAAGAGAGACCGACCUGCAACAGAUGCAAAGCCAGAAGGAAAUGCACCAAAAGAUUCAGCAUUCAGAAGUUCCCUCAGAUCCUCGUGCUUCAUCUGAAGCGGUUUUCAGACUCCAAUAUCCGAGCCAGCAAACUCUCCACUUAUGUCAACUUCCCUCUCAAAGAGCUGGACCUGCGGGAGUUCGCCUCGGAGAGCAGCGGUAAGUACGAGCCAGAGGAGAGGAGAGUUCAUGCGCUGGCGUUGACUGACAGUGUUUGUCUCUCCCUGCAGAGCGCGCCGUGUACAACCUGUAUGCGGUGUCCAACCACUCGGGGAACGCCUUGGGAGGCCAUUACACGGCCUACUGCAGGAACCCGGCGCUGGGGGAGUGGUACAGCUACAACGACACCAGGGUGAGCCCGGUGUCCUCCAGCCAGGUUCGCAGCAGCAACGCCUACGUCCUCUUCUAUGAACUCGCCCCCUACCCACACAGCAAAUAUCAGACGUGCCGGCUUUAGACGCUGCGGAGGAGUGAUAAGCUGCACUAAACUAGGGGCCUAAACAUGGAGUCAGAAGACACUGCCUGCUGUGAGACAGCUCCAUCUAGUGGAGAGAGUACUGCCAUUACAUUACAGACUGUGAAUGUGGAGCACAAAGACAUGUUGCAGAGAGAGAGAGAGAGAGAGAGAACGCCCUCUGACCUUCCUCUUGGCGUGUUUUUGAGGGAGAAGGGUGGAUGUGGAAGCACAUUUGCACUUCGGGAUUUCAAGCUGAGCUCAGAUGUUGGGUGGAAACUGAAGUGACGCUGAGAAGAUAAGACCUCCGUUGUCAAAAAGUGCAGAGAUUCAGCUCAAGGCACAGCUGCAAGUCAAAUUUAGAAUGCAGAGUAUAAGAAAACUCUUUAAAAAAAAAGACAUUUUACAGCUGUGUCUGGACUUGACUCUAUACCCACUCGAGUGGAUUUGUCUCCUUUUUUUUUUGCACUUUGAACAUGGACUAUUAACCUUAAGGACAUUAUUAUUAUUAUUAUUAUUAUUAUUAUUAUUAUUAUUACGUGAGGACAUUACAGAGAUUUGACUUCACACACUGCAAGAUAUAAUUUAUUCUAUUUAACAUAAUGCCAGUAACUGAAAGUGCAUACUGUAAAUGUCAUUUAACAAAGCCUUAUGGUUUCCUCUUAGAACAGUGGAAAUCCACUAAUGUAGCGAGGAAGUUUUGUGUCGAAGCACAUUUUAUUUUUGUACAGUAUUUAUGGACAGCGCAGUGAAUGUAACUGUACUGUGGGAAAGCCAGACAAACCAAAGCAAGCUGUGUAAAAUUGCAUCAACAAUACUUCUUCCAGCAAUAAUGUUGCUGACUUUGCAUCCAAGUCAGUUCCCAGUCUAUGAAUGAUUAAAAUUCAAUGUUAACUUGAA